AUGCGUAGCGAAGAUAUGCAGCUCGAUACAAUGACAAAUGUUGGUGGAGAGGCGAUGGUGGAGGUCCCUCUACAUCACGAUCGUGAUAACGCCGAGCUCACAAGACUGGGAAAGAAGCCAGUGUUGAAGCGAAACUUCGGAUUUGUUUCUAUGUUGGCAUUUUCUUGCACAGUAAUGGUAACGUGGGAAGGCGUUUUGCUAUCAUUCGCCAUCAGCUUCACGGAUGGCGGUUUCUCUGGAAGCGUUUAUGAGUACAUCUUUGUCUGGAUUGGGACACUUGCAGCGUUUUCAUCGAUGGGAGAGCUGGCGUCAAUGGCACCUACCGCAGGUGGACAAUAUCACUGGACUUCGAUGCUGGCACCGAAAUUCUGUCGAAAAAUUUUCAGCUACUUCAUAGGCUGGCAUACUAUGCUUGGAUGGCAUGCCAUAGUUGCAUCCGGAUGUUCUGUCUGCGCCUAUCUCGUUCGUGGCCUGAUGAUUCUAAGCAAUUCUUCAUACCGUCUGAACGCAUGGGAACUCCUAUUCCUCUACUGGGCAAUCUUAGUUCUUGCACUGUCGGUCAACACUCUCAUCAGCCGUCAACUUCCCAAUAUUGAAAGUUUCAUUUUGAUUCAUCACAUGUUCGGAUUCUUUGCCAUUUUGAUUCCAUUAGUAUACUUUGCGCCGCAUGGAGACGCAAAGGCGAUAUUCACGUCUUUCAACAACGGAGGAGCAUGGCCGAACGACGGUACUUCAUUCUUGAUUGGCUGUCUGGGUCCCGCCUAUAGUCUUCUAGGGGCUGACAGUGCUGCGCACAUGUCUGAGGAGAUCCGAAACGCUGCAGUCAACGUCCCGCGGGCAAUGGUGUUCAGUAUCCUCCUGAACGGUACCCUGGGUUUCGGCAUGCUAAUCUCAGCGCUGUUCUGCGUCGGCAAUACGGACCUAGUGCUCCAUUCUGCCACUCAUAUUUCCUUCAUGGAAAUCUUCCGACAAGCCGUUGGAAGCCUCUCCGGUGCCCUAACAAUGGCUUCUCUAGUUACUAUACUCAUCAUCUGCGCGAACAUUAGUUUUGUCGCAACAGCGUCGCGCAUGACCUGGGCUUUUUCUCGAGACCGUGGCACGCCUGGCUGGCAAAUUCUGAGAAGGGUUGAACCACGUACCACACUGCCUCUCAUGUCCAUUGCUGUAACCAUGAUAAUCGCGACAAUCUUCUCCUUAAUCGGUCUGGGCUCUACCACUGCAUUUAGCGGACUCGGCAUGAGUUGCCUAUACACCUCAUACUUUAUCGGCAACACAUUUCUUUUAUGGCGGCGGCUCACCGGUUCCAUCAAGCCCUAUUCAAUCAGAGAUAAAAUUCUUGCCAACACCCCCGAGGCUGAUUACCUCACAUGGGGUCCGUGGAAAAUUACUGAGCCGUUUGGUACCAUAAUCAACGCAUUCGGGUGCGCAUAUCUUUUCGUCGUCAUGAUCUUCAGCUUCUGGCCCACGAAAAACCAUCCUCGGCUGGACAAUAUGAAUUAUAGUAGUCUAGUGUACGGUGCCUUUACUGUUAUCAUCGUUUUCUAUUACUUCUUGUGGGGGAAGAGGACUUAUACUGGGCCUGUCGUAGAGAUUCAUCGUGCGGAAGCGAGAUGUCACUCUCGGAUAUAUCGGCCGCGCCUGUAG